AUGUUGCAGCUAAUCGUAAGAAUUUUCCAAAGGUUUCGUCAACGUACAAAUCAGAACAACUCAUCAAAAGAGUUCGUUAGCUUUUUUAGUCUAUUUCGCUUUGCACAAAAAUCUGAUUGGUUCUAUAUUACUGUGGCAACUUUAGCUGCAAUUGCAAGUGGUAUCACUUUUACUAUUUCUUUGAUGGUUUUCGGUUCAUUGACUGGGGUGUUCAUUGAUGAAGGUUUUAAACCCUGUUCUUUAAAUACAACAACACCCAAUGAAUUGUCAACAAAUUUUAAAGCAGAUAUUCAUCGAUACGUUUUGUAUCUCGUUGGACUUGGCUGUUUAGCUUUCGUAUUAGCCUAUACUGAACACAUUUUUUGGACGAUGUCAUCUGAAAAGCAAGCUAAAAGAAUUCGGAACCACCUUUUUCGUUCUCUCCUACAUAAGGGUAUCGCAUAUUUUGACAAAUGCAAAAGUGGUGAACAUACUACAAGGCUAUCGGAUGACAUUGAUAAAGUUCAAAAGGGAAUUGGUGAAAAACUUGGUGUUUUGAUCAAUUCUGUAUCUAUAUUCUUAUCUUCUUGUAUCAUCGCAUUUAUCAAAAGUUGGAAACUAGCAUUAGUUCUACUAAGCAUUACUCCAGUACUUGUCAUAAGUGCUUACUACUUUGCCAAAACCAUGGCUAUAAUGACAGCGAAUGAAUUGAAAAGCACUGCUUUAGCGAGUGGUGCUGCAGAAGAGGUGUUUACAUCGAUUCGAACCGUUUUUGCUUAUAAUGGAUCUGAAUAUGAACAAACUCGUUAUGGAAAAUAUAUAGAUGAAGCAAAACAUAAAGCUGUUAAGAAAGGAUUCGUGUAUGGUCUUUUUACUGGUUUCACUUCGUUUGUGGGAUUCUGCUUUGAUGCUUUGGGAUUUUGGUACGGAGCCAAACUUAUUCGAGAGGAUUCUAAUCAAAAUAUCGGAAUUGUCAUUCUUGUUUUAUUUACGAUUGUUGAAGGUGUUUACUGUAUCAGUAUGGUCAUUCCACAUUUUCAAGGAUUAUCGGAAGCUCGCGGAGCAGCUUAUCACAUUUGGCAGUUGAUUGAUAUCUCACCCAAGCAAACUCUUCCUGUUGAACCACUUGUAUCAACAUUGCGGACAAAUUUCAUGGAUACUAUCGAGUUUCGUAAUGUACACUUCUCUUACCCAACACGACUUGAAACGCAAGUGUUGAAUGGACUUAGUUUCAAAGCACAGCGUGGUCAAAAAAUAGCUCUGGUUGGUAGUAGUGGAUGUGGAAAAAGCACAUGUGUUCAGCUACUCUUGCGUUUCUAUGAUGUGAAAUCAGGUGAAAUUCUCUUUGAAGAUCGAUCUAUAACAGAUCUAGAUGUUAAUUAUGUCCGACAAAAUAUAUCUGUUGUAAAUCAAGAACCGAUUCUUUUUGGUACAACGAUCUUUGAGAACAUCAAAUUUGGAUGUCCCACGGCAACAGUAGAACAAAUCGAGGAAGCAGCACGCAAAGCAAACGCUCAUGAUUUCAUUAUGCGUCUUCCAGAGAAAUAUUAUACAGUAGUUGGAGAACGUGGUGCUCAGCUAUCUGGCGGACAAAAACAGCGUGUAGCACUUGCCCGAGCCCUUGUAUCAGAUCCAAAAAUUCUCAUUCUCGAUGAAGCAACAAGUGCUCUUGAUCGAAUUUCUGAAAAAGCAGUACAAAAGGCUUUAGACAAUGCAAGUGAAGGACGAACAACAAUUAUAAUUGCACAUCGCCUAUCCGCUAUCGUAGCAGCAGAUAAUAUUGUUGUAAUUCAGAAAGGUUGUGUGGUAGAAGAAGGUAAUCAUGAAUUACUCAUGAGACAAGAAGGUGUCUACUAUCAACUUGUACAAGCACAAGAAGCGGAAAAUGUGAUUUAUACAUCAGAAGAUGAAUACACAACUCAAUACAAUCAAAAUGAUGAAAUACUACUCGAAGAUGAAUUUGCUGUCACAAACAGCAUGAAUACUUUAACAAUAAAUUCGGAAAAUACUUCAGAUAAAGAUAAGAAAAAUACAACUAGUGAAACAGACAAGAAAAAAUCAGUAUUUUUUGAAAUGCUCAAACUAAAUCGUUCUGAAUGGAUCUAUAUUUUAUUUGGUUGUUUGGCCAGCCUAUGUAACGGAUGCGUUCAACCAGCGUAUGCGUACGUUCUCAGCAAAAUGAUUUCAGUAUUUCAGGAAUGUGAUUAUGACCUGCAGAUACAACGUAUUCAGAUAUAUGCUGGUAUAUUUCUAUCUCUCGGCGUUGUGACAUUUCUCACUAAAUGGCUUCAGAGUUUUAUGUUUGCCUGCUCUGGAGAAGCGCUCACUAGACGAUUGCGGGCAAAGGCAUAUAAAACAAUGCUAUGCCAAGAAGUAGCUUGGUUUGACCGAGCAGAAAAUAACUCUGGAGCAUUGACGACACGAUUAUCUACUGAUGCAUCCGCUGUUCAGAAUUCUGUUGGUAUUCGAAUUGGAGCAAGCUUGGAAAUGAUAGCUAAUUUAGGCGCUGGUCUUAUUCUAGCUUUCAUAUUUAGUUGGCAAUUGGCAUCAGUCAUGAUUGGCUUUACCGUAGUAAUGAUAGUGGCGGGAUUUGCAGAAACAUAUCUUACAGAACGAUUCUCUUCUAUUAACAAACAGAAAAAAGAAGAAGCCGGCUCGGUAGCUGCUGAAGUUUUAGCCAAUAUGCGAACAGUGGUUCAACUCCAACAAGAAGAUUUUUUCUUUAUGAAGUAUAAAUCUCUUGUACAAGCUGUUUGUCGUUCAACUAUUAAGCGUUCGACAAUUACUGGAGCAGUGUAUGCGCUUACUACAAGUAUUCCAUUUUUCAUCUUGCCGGCUCUUUUCUCAUUCGGAUUCACUUUGAUUGAGAAAAGACUUCUCAAAGAAGAAGAUAUUUUAUUGAUUUUUGCCUUUGCUAUAUUUCUGACACAAGCGCUUGCUGUAUCGCUAUCUAUGGUACCUGAUUAUGGUGAUUCAAUUUCGGCGGCCGAAGAUUUUAUUCAUUUAUUCAAUCGAAAACCAGCUAUAGACAACAGUAGUACCGCUGGCACAACAUUGUCAACUGGCCCAGAAAAUAUUACUAUGACCGAUCUUGAAUUCGCUUAUCCUGGUCGAAAAACUGUCAAUGUCUUGAAAAAACUGACAAUGCAUAUCAACCAAGGUCAACGUGUCGCUUUAAUUGGACCAAGCGGUUGUGGUAAAUCUACUGUGGUACAGCUUCUCGAACGUUUCUAUGAUAUUUCAAAUGGUGCUCUGACUGCUAAUGCAUGCGAUGUUCGUUCACUCAAUUUGCAUUGGUAUCGUGGACAGAUUGGAAUCGUUAGUCAAGAACCAAUUCUUUUCGAUAUAUCAAUUCGAGAAAAUAUUGCUUAUGGAGAUCAUAGUCGACAAAUACCUUUAAGUGAAAUUAUUGAAGCAGCAAAAACAGCCAACGCACAUGAUAUGAUUCAGAAAUUACCACAGGGAUAUGAUACUAUUGUUGGAUUGAAAGGUGUACAAAUGUCUGGAGGAGAAAAACAACGUAUUGCAAUUGCUCGUGCUCUCAUACAUAAUCCUUCAAUUCUUCUUCUCGACGAAGCUACGAGUGCUUUAGAUAGCGCCAAUGAAAAAAUUGUUCAAGAUGCUUUGGAACGUGCCCAAGAGAAUAGAACGAGUUUAACUAUCACUCAUCGUCUAUCAACAAUAAGAAAUGCCGAUGUUAUAUAUGUAAUACACAAUGGACAAAUUGUUGAGUUUGGAACACAUGAACAAUUGUUGCUAAAAGAAGGCAGCUUAUAUGUUCGUUUGUUACAAAUGCAGUCAAAUAUGUGA